AUGAAUUUUGUCGACCUUCCUGUGCCACUAGAACCAACAUAUGAUCGCUCGCCCAGAACAAUAAAAGAUUUAUGUAAAGAACAUAUUAAAGCGAUUACGCUGUUUACUAUAUGUAUUGUAAUCAUUAUUAUUUUAUUAGCUGUUAGUAUGUGUUUAUUUCUAACACCCGCGAAAAAAAAUGUUGCGGUUUUACCUAUGAAAUCUAUAACUUUAUUCUUAGAUUAUUAUAAAAAACUUUAUAUAACAGAUUAUGAUCGCAUAGUAAUGUUUUCACCUGAUUCAAUUGAAAAAGCUAGUAUAAUUAUUGGUAAAGAUAGUAUUAGAUUACCAAUAUUAGAUAAACCACGUUCGAUAUUUGUCGAUGUUGAUGAAAAUCUUUAUGUACUUGAAGUACAUUUUGACUUUAAAGAAGAGUUUUACAUUUAUCGAGUAUGGUACUGGUCUAAAAAUUCGACAAAUGGAAAGAAACUUUUAGAGGGAAAUGGAGACUGUUAUUCACUCUAUAUAGAUAAAUAUAUGAAUAUUUAUAUUCCUGAAAAUGGCAACCAUAGAGUUGUUAUAUGGUAUGCACAACAACAAUAUCAAAAUUUUUCAAUUGUCGCUGGUAAUGGUACAAGUGGUUCGGAAUUAAAUCAAUUAAAUGAGCCCUAUGGUAUUUAUUUAGAUGAAAAUAAUGAUAAAUUUGAUCUUUAUAUAGGCGAUGUAAAAAAUCGUCGUAUACAGAAAUGGUCACUGAAUGCCGCUGAAGGAAUAACAGUUGUAUCAAAUGUUAAUUAUCCAAUGCAAAUUGCAUCGGAUUGUCAUGACAAUUUUAUUGUUUGGAAUGGGGAUGCAUUAAAAUUAUAUAAUUCAAUGUUAACAACCGGUUUAGAUGGUAUCUAUCUUCUAAAUAAUUUUUACUCAGGUGCCAUGGGUUAUGACAACAAAAAUGGCGCUGUAUAUAUAUGUGAUAUGACUAAUAAUAAAAUAAUAAAAUUUUCAAUUGAAGGUGAAAUUCUUCUACAUAACACGAAGGAGGCGCCAACUGCAUAG